AUGUCUAAGCCAGUCGUCCUUAGGUUAGGAGCCAUCAAAUAUGCUCAACAAGCGUGGGAAAAGCUGGGCCAAAUCGCCCAAGUAGUCACGAUUGAUGACGCUACCACCAGAGCAGAAUUCCUCAAGGCAUGCCAAGAUCCAUCGAGCGAUGUUUCCAAGACUCAGAUCGUUGCUAGAACUUUUGCCAGCGUGAAGAACACCGGCCGUUUCGACGCAGAGUUGGCAACCAAUUUGCCAGGAAGUGUGAAGGCCGUCUGCCACAACGGUGCCGGUUACGAUCAGAUUGACGUCUCUAAUUUUGCUGACAAGCAAAUACAGGUUUCCAAUGUGCCUGAACUGGUCAACAAUGCCACCGCCGACACACAUGUGUUUCUGUUGCUGGGAGCGCUUCGUAACUUCGAAUACGGCCACAGACUCAUGCUGGAGAACAAAUGGCCCUCUGCGGGGGCCGCCGCUGGCGCACCCAUUGGUAACGACCCAGAGGGCAAGACGGUCGGAAUCUUGGGUCUCGGUGGAAUUGGCCGUGCUAUCGUUGACAGACUGAAGCCAUUUGGCUUCAAGAAGUUCAUCUACCACAACAGAAACAGAUUGUCGCCAGAACUUGAAAACGGCUGCGAGUAUGUUUCUUUCGAAGAACUCCUGAAGACUUCAGAUGUGGUUUCGAUCAAUAUUCCGUUGAACCCAAAGACCAGACACAUUAUCGACGCAGCGGCUAUCGACAAGAUGAAGGACGGUGUUGUCAUCGUCAACACAGCCCGUGGUGCGGUCAUUGAUGAGCCCGCGUUGAUUGCGGCGUUGAAAUCCGGAAAGGUGAGAUCCGCUGGACUCGAUGUCUACGAGAACGAGCCUCAGGUCCCACAAGAGUUGUUGGAUUUGCCCAAUGUUUGCAGCGUUCCACAUAUGGGCACUCACACCGUCGAGACCGUCAAGAAAAUGGAGGAGUUUGUUGUGCAGAACGUUGAGUCUGUGAUCAAAACCGGGAAGGUCUUGACCAUUGUGCCCGAGAUGAAGUCGGACAUUUGGGUUCAAGAACAAAAACCGCUUGCCUAA